AUGUAUUCCUUUGGACAGAGGAAAACUCCAGCCAGCUGGCUAAUCUUCAUCAUCCUGCUCCUCCAAGUAUUGAGCACGUUACUCUUUUCCUACGUCUGUGACUUCAGGAUGCCCGGCACCGCUUCCUCCAUGCCACCGCCUCCUCCUCCUACCAGGAAGCCAGAGGCCUCCAAUCUCACCCUCCUGCUGUGGUCGUGGCCCUUCCGGGCCCGCUUCCCCAUCAGAAGAUGCUCCGAACUCCUGGGCAUUCCCGAUUGCCACAUCACGGCCAACCGCAUGUGGUACCCGAAGGCCGACGCCGUGAUCUUCCACCACUACGACGUGAGCAGGAGCCCGCGAUACCUCCCCCGCCUCCCCCGGCUGCCUUCCCAGCGCUGGAUCUGGUUCAACCUGGAGCCGCCCACCUAUACCCGCAAUCUGCACUUCAUGGACAACAUGUUCAACCUCACCAUGUCCUACCGGAGAGACUCCGACAUCUUCACCCCUUACGGAUGGCUGGAUGUUCUCCCCGCGCCCCGGACGGUCACCAUCCCGCCCAAGUCCAAGUUGGUGGCCUGGGCCGUGAGCAACUGGAACCCGGCCUCCCACCGAGUCAAGUACUACCAGGAGCUCAAGAAGUACAUCCAAGUGGACAUCUACGGAUACCAGAACUUGCCUCUUCCUCGGAAAAAGCAUCUUACUGUUCUGUCCCAGUACAAGUUCUACUUGGCCUUCGAAAACUCCGUGCACGAGGACUACAUCUCCGAGAAACUCUGGAAGACAGCGUUGCUCGCAGAAACGGUGCCGGUGGUCUGCGGCCCGCCUCGCAAGAACUACGAGCGCUUCUUGCCCCCCGACGCGUUUAUCCACAUCAACGACUUCCCCACUGCGCAAGAGCUGGCCCUCUUCUUGCAGGAGCUGGAUUGGAACUCGGAGCGGUACGAGCGUUACUUCCAGUGGCGGUCGCAGCUGACCCCCGUCGAACACACACCCUGGUCUCUUCACUUGUGCCAAGCGUGCCGGGCUUUACAAAUUAUGAACCCCGCCCGCUACCAGACCGUGCCGGCUUUGAGCAAGUGGUUCAGGUGA